AUGAAGAUUAGUAACAAGAGUAUAGGAGAAAUAUUAUACAAAAUUAUUGAUAAUGAUGGAAGCGGAAACUUAGAUUUUACAGAAUUUGUUGAAGGCUUGAACAAGUUUCAUCCUAAUACACCUUUUGAUGAAAAAGUGAAACUUUGUUUUCAAGCAUAUGAUAGCGAUGGAAGUGGAGCUGUAUCAAAAGAAGAAAUUAGUGAUGUAAUAAAACUAUCUAUUCAAGGAAGUAGUUUAAUUGAACUUGAAGAUGCGCAAAUCAACUUAUUGGUUGAUCAAUUAAUUAAUACAUAUGAUAACUCUGGUACUGGAGAACUUUGCUUCAAAGAAUUUCAUCAAAUGGUUUCUUCUGCUCCAGGAGUUAUAGAGAGUUUUGAUAUCAAUCUUGAUGUUUUAUUUGGUUAA